AUGGAAUUUCACGUUUAAAAGAAAAGAAAAAGGGAAAUCCUCUGAAGCGGCACCACGCACGCAAGUCCCAGCAGGCCAGAACAACCCUCCGGAAAGGCCAGAGCGCUUGGCCUCGAUCCUCCGCUCUCCUUCCCCGCCUUCUUCUUCUUCUUCUUCUUCUUCUUCUUCUUCUUCUUCUUCUUCUCGUCCUCCUUCUUCUUCUUAACUUCACAAUUCACUUAUUCUUCCUUUGAUUUCAAUUUCCUUGCUCUCCCUCCUCCACCACGCCUUCAAUUCCGGGAAUCACUCACCCAUCCAGUUUCUUGUUUCUGGAGGGUGGAUCCUUUUCUCAUUGUCUCGGAUGCCUGUUGCCUGUUGGGUUCUGACAUUAUUGAUCACACUGUGUUUCUCACUCACUUAUGUUAAAUCCCACGUUUCCCCAUUUUUUAGGGUUUGUUAUUAUUGGGUUCAACUUGUGAAUGGCUAUGAAAAAGAUGCAGAGUAACUCUGACUCUAGACGUUCUAGGGCAAACUCAUAUCCAUUACCAUCUAGUCCAUUGAAAGUUGCUAAAAAUGUUUACCUCAAGAAGAAAAAAUGCAAAGGGUCGGAUAAAAAAGAGUGGGAGGAUGCUACCUGCUCAGUCUGUAUGGAGUUCCCUCACAAUGCCGUGCUUCUUCUUUGUUCCUCAUAUAAUAAGGGUUGCCGGCCUUAUAUGUGUGCAACUGGUCGCCGAUAUUCAAAUUGUCUCGAUCAAUACAAGAAAGCCUACACAAAGGUUACAUCAACUCAAAUUUCAGAACAAUUGAAUGUGCCGGUGGAAAAUGUAACCUUCAAUUUGGAAGCAGGGCAGCCAAGUGAAAAGGUUGAUGUGCCAGAGCUUUUAUGUCCCCUUUGUAGGGGACAGGUUAAAGGGUGGACAGUGGUGGAACCGGCACGGAAGUAUCUUAAUUCUAAGAAGAGAAAUUGCAUGCAGGAUAAUUGCUCAUUUGUUGGACGUUACAAGGAGCUGAAGAAGCACGUUAGAGCGAAGCAUCCAUUAGCACGACCACGCCAAGUGGACCCUGUGCUUGAAGAGAAAUGGAAGAGAUUUGAGCACGAGAGGGAGCGAAGUGACGUGAUCAGCACGAUUAUAUCAUCGAUCCCUGGAGCAGUUGUUCUUGGGGACUACGUGUUGGAACCUCACCAAAGUGGUUUUUAUAGUGAGUAUGAUUCUGACAUGGAUGACAAUUUAGAUGAUGAUGCUUUCUUUUCCAUGGAUGCAUUUGGUUUUGGACGGGAUGGUGGUCUGUUUUCUCGUAAUAGAUAUCAUAGGGACUACAACAGGACAGAUGAGAUUGAUCUUGGGAUGCAUCGUGCUGCAGGUCUCGGUUCUACGGCAGCUGGUGGACCAGGACGUGGUUUCCGCAGAAUUAUAUUUGGGAGGUCGAGGCGGCCAAGACAAAGAGGAGGACUUAACAGAAUUCCAUAACUUAUUACAUAGGAAAGAAGUGGGACGAGUGGGAGUUAGGGGCAAGCAAGCUUUUAUCGAGAUAGGGCAUGUAUAUUCUCUUAAAACUUUUCUUGUAUUGGAGGUCUGUCGGCAUUAUUCCGUCGCUUAGAAGUCAUACCCACUCUGUUCAUGGUGCAUAGCUCAUUUGUAGCGCUUUUUUCCCCCCUUCUUUUUCUUUAAUGGUCAAAAUUUGGAUUUAACAGCCAGUCUUGGGUGUUUUCUUCUCCGCCGUUGUUCAGGGGAAUAGCCAGGAUCCAUCUCAGAGAUUUAGUCUGGAAAGCAAGAAGGAAGGUAUUUCAGCAGCGGAGCUCCUUCUGAGCUGCUUUGAUUUGUUAUCAAUUAUCAUUUGGGGAUGCAUUUGAUUUACAUUGACUGACUAAACAGACCACGACAAUGGAACAAAUAUAUAUUUUUUUCUGAUCC